AUGUUCGCCCACGAGGUACCCAUUCAGAUCUUCUCGAACGUGGAAAGCAUCUACCAGCUACACCGGGACGACCUGCUGCCACAACUCAACAGCAGGCUGGCUGAAUGGGACAGCACUCCAAAGAUCGGCGACAUCAUGAAGAAGUUCGCCCCCUUCCUCAAACUCUACACGCAGUACAUUCAGAACUACGCAAACGCAACCAGCUUACUCGAAUAUUGGUUGGAUAGGUCGCGAGAAUUCUCAAAUCUGGUAGAGCAGCUUCAGAAACUUCCAGAAUGCGGCAAAAUGGAGCUAAAGCAUCACCUGCUGGAGCCAGUGCAGAGAGUUCCCAAGUAUCUAAUGCUUCUCAAAGAGUACAUGAAGCAUAUGACCAACGACUCACAAGAUAAAGAGGACAUUCAAUGCGCUUACGAUCUCGUCUCAAAAGCAGAGAUAUUCAGACAGUUGAUAAACAUAAACAAGCGCCUGGGUCACAUGAUCAGUGACGUCAUCACACCGAACAGGAGGUUCAUAAGGGAGGGGGUGAUGAUGAGGAUCCACCAUUCCACUGGUCUCGCCGCCAAGAGAUAUCUAUUUCUGUUCAACGACAUGUUACUUGUCUGCCAGCCGGCCAAGUUGAGUACACUAAGUAGCAGGGAAAUGUACUCAUUGAAGAGAAGAAUCAACCUGGCUGAUCUUAAAAUAGUUGAAGAUGCUCACAACCUCUUGAUUCCUGGAACCUUCUAUUUGAGUACCAUUGAUAAAAAUAUUGAACUACUUGCCAGCCAAUCCAUACUUUGUUCCCAGGCUUUCAACACUGCCAUUGAAUCCUGCCAAAAAAGCAGCGCUUCACCAUCGGUGGCAACAAAAACGUCAUCGCCACAAUCAAAUAUGUCGUCAUCAGAUCAUUAUCAGUUGCCGACUGACGAGUUAGGCAGACGUGCUCCGCAGUGGGUCAAGGACAGUGAAGUUAGCAUGUGUAUGAGAUGCGCCGAGGGUUUCAACAUCUUCAAUAGGAAGAAACACUGUCGUUCCUGUGGUCAUACGAAAGCGAAAGACAAGCACAUAAUGUGUGGCUACAUGAAAACAUCGUGUGACCUUAAAAACUGGCAAAAUUAUUAUUUUAUCGUCUGCUCGGAUUUCGUUCUCUAUGCAUUUAAGGCCCACAAGGACGUGAAAUCCUUCUCCUCCCUACCCAUUCCUGGCUACACGAUAUCCUCAAGACUUUCACAACAAAACACCAUCGGCAGUAUCAGUAGUAGCAGUAUUGGAAGUAGCAGCAGCAGCAGCAAUAGUAUCAAUAGUAGUAAUAGCAGUAUUGUCUUUGGUGGUAGUGGCAGUGGUGGUGGCGGUGUCAGCGAUUGUGGAGCAAACGCAAGUAAGAUAUUCGUGAUCACGCAUAAGGAUCAAUCCACUCCACACUAUUUCCUCGUCGAAAAUCAUGAUAUCUUAGAAAGGUGGGUUGAUGUGUUGAGCAGUUUAUCAAGAACCGACCUGCCGAAACAUUAUGAAUCUCAGUGCCUCAACGUGAAUAUGUGUCCGGCCGCUUCAUUUUCUCAACUUUCUCCAAUAAUUACAUAA